CCCCACUCCGAGGCUCGUACCGGCAUGGGUCUUCGACGGCUAUAUAAGCUCCGGGGUUGCUUCAUCGAGACAUCAUUCGCUCACUAGCGCUUCGAGCAAGCACACACGAUUACUUGAACGAGCAUAUAGAAGCGUAUUCGAAGAUAAAUUUUCGCACACUUUAUUCGAUUCGCAGAUACCCACUUGCACGUGUUCAUUGUUUUGUUUUUACUUCGGUGAUAAAAAAAAGUUUGGCAUCACUCGCUGUCGGGUGAUCGAUCAACUUGUACGAAGUAAAAUCAGUUUUUCGUCGUUCGUUUUAUUGCUUCAAUUCGUCCGCGUUAACAACCAAGAUGGCCGCGACCAUGAGCCACGUGUUCGAGUGCGAGAACGAGUUGAACGACAAUCUCUACAAUCUCAAGAUGUCAAACAACAACAAGACAUCGAGCGUACGUCGAGUACGGAAGAUUCUGAAGCCACUUCUGCGACUGCUGAAAAAGAAGAGCAGCAAAAUCGCGAAGCACCAGAAAGCCGAGCCCCAGUCGGAAAUCUUCACCGAGGAAGUCGACAACCAGAACAACUCGAACGAGGCUUUGGAACAGCGACUGUUGGCUGGUCUCCAGGAAGCUGAGGAAGGCGCUGCCAUCACCGUCUGCCUCGACGGGCAAAUGACAGUUGUCCCGGUCGUUCCUGGACAGUGCUACGUUCCCGUCCACUUCGCCCACACCCACGCCGGUGACUUCUACUGGACAACACUCUCCUUGGCCGACAGUGAUCUCUGCUACAAGGAACGAGCUUUCUCCCUCAACCAACUGCCCGAGAUGCAAGUUGCUUGAAUUCGACGUGUCAACGCUGUGAAAUUGCCUCAUCAGCGCCCACUGUGACAUUCGUAUUGCGACGUAAUCUACCUCAAAUGUGGAUUCGCGAUGGUACGCGAGUCUUCGAAUGGCGAGCGGUCUCAUCGAGCCUCUCCGAUCAGCAUCGCCGCCGAGAACAACGACGAGCACCGCGAGAGAGUUUUUCGAGUGUUUCGAGGAAUGUCCGAGAGCCGAUGGAAUCCCCGAAAUCAUCGACCACGAGAUGCCAUCCGACAACAUUCGAAUUUUCCUUUCGAUCGAAACCACUUCGAGAAACAAAUAAGUUAAAACUGUGAUCGAUAGUUUAGAUUUUAACACGAACACGCACAAGCCGACAAAUUUUUUUUCGUCGUUUUUCACACUCUGACAUUCGCUCAGAUAAACAUUGAGAAAGUUUCGAGAAUACUCAAGUGAUACUCGUUAUAUUUUGACGAUACGUUUUUUAUUAGUUUUCUUUUUAUUUUAUUUUUUUCUCAUCAAAACACACGAGUUCGGAACAGAAAGGGUUUAGCAUUUUUUUCCUUCGAUCGAAAAAAAUAACUAAAUGUUUUUGUAUUUAUAUAACGAAUUACUUCUUCGCGAAUAACGAUUGAAACCUCAACGCGAUUGUGAUAAAUGUACCUAUUAGAUAUUACGAUUUAGAUUGUUAAGAAGAAAAAUCCUACAUUGUGAUAAUGGCUUUAAUUGUAAUCGGCCUAAUCCGGCUGAUGAAUCAUCAUCGAACGUCUUCCAUUUUUGUUUUAAUAAUAAAAUGAAAAAAAAAAAAAAAACAAAACAAUUUA